CUCCCGGCCGCCGCCGCCAUGGAGUCGAACCGGGACGAGGCGGAGCGGUGCAUCGGCAUUGCGCUGGCCGCCGCCAAGGCCAACCAGCCCGACAAGGCCCGCCGCUUCCUGGAGAAGGCGCAGCGCUUGUACCCCUCGCAGCGGGUCCGCGUCCUGCUGGAGUCACUCAACAAGGGCGAGCAGUCGGCCAAUGGCCAGUCCCAGUCCAGGGAGUCCACAAACCCCCCCUUCAGGAAAAUGAGCGGGGACUUCCCGUCAGCCAACGGAGAGGCCGGAGGGGAGGCCCCCAAGGGCUACACUCAGGACCAGGUGGAUGCAGUGAAGAGGGUAAAGCAGUGCAAAGACUACUACGAGAUUCUGGGAGUGAACAGAGAAGCUUCUGACGAGGACCUGAAAAAGGCCUACCGGAAACUGGCGCUCAAGUUCCACCCGGACAAGAACCACGCGCCGGGGGCCACUGAGGCCUUCAAAGCCAUCGGGAACGCGUACGCGGUGUUGAGCAACCCGGAGAAGAGGAAGCAGUAUGACCAGUUUGGAGAUGAGAAACUCAACCCUGCCCGGCAUGGGCACAGCCACUCGGACUUCCACCGCGGGUUUGAGGCCGACAUCUCCCCCGAGGACCUCUUCAACAUGUUUUUUGGUGGUGGUUUUCCCUCUAGUAACGUUCACGUGUACAGCAAUGGCAGGAUGAGAUACACCUACCACCAGAGGCAGGACAGGAGGGAGCACCAGGGGGAUGGUGGCCUGGGGCUGUUUGUCCAGCUGAUGCCCAUCCUCAUCCUGAUCAUUGUGUCUGCUCUCAGCCAGAUGAUGGUCUCCAGCCCACCCUACAGUCUGAGCCAGAGGCCGUCUGUGGGUCACAUACACAGGAGAUUCACAGAGCACUUGAAAGUGCCCUACUACGUCUCUGAGAACUUUGCAGACGAGUACACGGGCACGAACCUGAAGAACGUGGAGCGGAGCGUGGAGGACGACUACAUAGCAAACCUCCGGAAUAACUGCUGGAAAGAGAAGCAGCAGAAGGAAGGCUUGUUGUACCGGGCACGCUACUUCGGGGACUCGGACCUGUACCAGCGGGCACAGAAGAUGGGCACCCCCAGCUGUAGCAGACUGUCAGACGUCCAGGCCUCCCUGCACGGAUAGUCACGGCCCCGCCCGGCACCAGCACAAACUCUUGAAAUGCCUGAAGACUUUUGGUGAAGUGCACUGAGCCGAGGUGACAGACUUUACUAUUUAAAAGAAUCAAACCUUAUCUUAAAAAAAUGGAAUUGAAGAAUUAGCAACGCACAACUGCCCUCUUUCUUCUCUCUGCCUCUCUCCGCCGUUCGGGCAGCGACUGGGCCAGGAAACCCAGCUUGCCCGGCUUCCUCCUCCCCUUCCAUCACCCCAGUGUGCUCUGGGAUCCCACAGCCCCUGGAAGAGACACGUGGAGUGUAAAAGAACCCAAACUAACUGCAGAAGCCGUGAAGCAGAAGGAGACCCUUCGCUGCUGCCAACGGAGAGAGAAACCGGACGAUUUGGUGACAAAAGAAAACUCUAAGAAAGAAAAAAGAAGAAGAAAACAUAAUCUAUUUAGCAUUAAUUUAUAGCUGUAUAUAUGUUGUACUUUUAAACUAUGCAGGGGUUGGAUGAUUAAAUUAUUUUGUUUUCUGCCCGUUCUGGUGCACAGGGGAGCGGGGAAGCCUCUUCCCGGGGUGUCCCGCUCCACAUCACUUUCCUGCCCGGCACUAAAACAAGAAUCACGUUGCAGUUGCUGUACUUGGCUUUCGGGAGGCCCAGCGGCGUCGCGGGGAUCGGGAUGUCCGUACCUGCCUUCCACAACGGGAACUGCAGAGCUGCAGGGGGUAGCAGAGCCGGGGGGAGCCGCCCGGAGCCGUGCCGUGGUUUUGCAGCGUCGGCAGAAGCCACGGCGGGUCAGCUGAGCGCCGGCGUCGGCGACGGGAAGGAUUGUCCUGGAUGGUUUGUGCUCGUCAGUCGUUGGGUUCAUCUGUGCACGUAACUUCUUUUUUCGCCGAGUCUGCUGGAAUUUUGCCUGGUAAUCAGCGUGUGGCGCGCGCUCCGUGCGGAGAGGGCUUCCCACCAGGGCUUCCCACCAGGGCUUCCCACCAGGGCUUCCCGUCGGCCUCGCCCUUCGUCGGGGGUUUUGUGCGUGUCCCACGCUCGGGGCUCCUCGCCCACCCACCCACCGAGAGCAGCCGGGCCUUGGCUGCACCUCAGCACCACGUUUCCCUGAGGAGACCUGGAAAAUACUGCAGAUCCACAAGAAAUGGAGUGUGGUGUUGCUUCUGAAAGCGGUUCUGCUGGGGGGAUCAGGGCAGCCCUGGGCUCUGUGGUGUGUCUCGCUCCGUCACCGCCAGGCAGCACCGGCGGGAGGGUGCCCGAGGUCGGGAGCCACCCCUUGGAAGCAAAGCUGGCACGAGCAGAGCCGCCUCCCAUGGGAUAAACUGGAUGAUUUUAAUUUUGCUCUGCUGCUCUGCAGUUCCAUCUGUGUCUAAAGACAUUUCCAGUGAGAACUGUCCCCCCGGCACACUCGGGGAGUGAAUCAGAAGCUCGGCGGCUCCCGGGUGGGCUGGCAGAGGUGGUUUUAUCCCGCUGUCCGUAGGAAGCCACUCGCUCUGUCUUCAGCUGUUAUUUUAUUUUGUGAAAUCUCACCCUCCCACUGGCCACAAGCCCUGUUACCCCACAGCCAGCCGUGGCUUGGACCUGAUUUUAAGGGGGUUUUGAUUUUAAUCCUUUCAUUUUUUUUUUUUUUAAAUGACUCUUCCACCUUCAGAAGGAAGUGGGUGGAAGUUCAGCAUUUGGAAAUGGCGCUUGAUGGAGGCACAGGGAUGAUGGGGACGGGGUUGAACGGAAAUCCCGCUCGCGGAAGGAGCUGGAUGUGUUGCCCAAGGGCAUUCCCUGCCCGGAGCCUGCCCGCCAGAACCUUUGGAUCGUUCUUUUUUCCAGUAGAUACUCACGGAUCAUAAGGAGCGAGAAGGCAUCGAUCCCAGUGGAUGCUCACAGAGGCUGUAUCUCUCGAUUUAGAAUUAAUUAUACAAUUGUACAUCUAUAAAUAAAUGUUUAUAAUGUGAAA